CGUUGACGCCGGCGACGCGCCGCCGGGCCCGCUCCUCUGCGCUCGCCAGUGUCCGGCCGCGGGCCGGCCUUCGUGACUGGGGCGGCGGGCCCGGGCCGCGCGUGGGGGCGCGGACGCCGGCCGCGGGCCGCCUUCGUUGGCCCCGAGCUCGUCAGGAGCGCGCCGCCGCCCGCGCCCGCCGCGGAGCCUCCUGGCCGCGCCCGCCGGCGAGCAAGAUGAUGUGCGAGGUGAUGCCGACCAUCAGUGAAGCAGAAGGCCCCCCAGGAGGAAGCGGGAGCCAUGGGUCCGGCUCCCCCUCACAGCCAGACGCAGAUUCCCAUUUUGAACAACUCAUGGUCUCCAUGCUAGAAGAAAGGGACCGUCUUCUGGACACACUGAGGGAGACUCAAGAAACAUUGGCGUUGACCCAGGGGAAGCUGCACGAGGUUGGCCACGAAAGAGACUCCCUGCAGAGACAGCUCAGCACGGCACUUCCACAGGAGUUCGCAGCACUCACGAAAGAACUCAAUGUCUGCAGGGAACAGCUCCUGGAGAGGGAAGAAGAGAUCGCUGAACUGAAAGCAGAAAGAAACAACACCAGGCUGCUGUUGGAACAUCUGGAAUGCCUGGUCUCCAGGCACGAGCGCUCUCUCAGGAUGACAGUGGUGAAGAGACAGGCACAGUCUCCUGCAGGCGUGUCCAGCGAGGUGGAAGUGCUCAAAGCGCUGAAGUCUUUAUUUGAACACCACAAAGCUCUGGAUGAAAAGGUGAGGGAGCGACUGCGUGCGCUGGAGAGGUGCAGUCUGCUGGAAGAAGAGCUGGGAGCCACGCACAAGGAGCUGAUGAUUCUUAAGGAGCAGAAUAAUCAGAAGAAAGCGGUAACGGGUGGAGUGCUUGAUGUGAGCCAUGAGCAGGAGAGCACGCCGAGCACCAAUGGAAAGAGAUCUUCUGAUGAUUCCUCAAGCCACGAGGAAGACCUGGCUAAAGUCAUCGAGCUCCAGGAAGUCAUAGACAAGCAGUCUCGGGAGCAGAGCCAGAUGAAGGAGCGCCUGGCCACCCUGUCCAGCCAUGUGGCAGAGCUGGAGGAGGAUCUGGACACAGCUAGAAAGGAUCUCAUCAAGUCUGAAGAGAUGAACACGAAACUGCAACGAGAUGUCCGCGAAGCCAUGGCCCAGAAGGAGGACAUGGAGGAGAGAAUCACUACCCUUGAGAAACGCUACCUCGCUGCACAGCGUGAAGCCACAUCUGUGAAUGACCUCAACGACAAGCUCGAAAACGAAAUCGCAAACAAAGACUCUCUGCACCGGCAGACAGAGGAUAAAAACCGGCAAUUGCAGGAGCGCCUGGAGCUGGCAGAGCAGAAGCUGCAGCAGACCCUCAGGAAGGCAGAGACGCUUCCGGAAGUGGAGGCAGAGCUGGCCCAGAGGGUGGCGGCACUCUCCAAGUCUGACCCUUUGUCUUCUGGGAGCUCUGCUGCUGAGGAAGCUAAGGUGCUGGAGCUUACUUCCAGGCUUAGGAAGGCUGAAGAUAGACAUGGCAACAUUGAAGAAAGGCUGCGGCAGAUGGAGGCGCAGCUGGAGGAGAAGAACCAGGAGCUGCAGCGGGCGAGGCAGAGAGAGAAAAUGAACGAAGAACAUAAUAAGCGUCUCUCGGACACUGUCGACAGACUGCUCUCCGAGUCCAACGAGAGGCUGCAGCUUCACCUCAAGGAGAGGAUGGCUGCGCUGGAGGACAAGAAUUCUCUCUUACGAGAAGUCGAAAAUGCAAAAAAGCAAUUAGAAGAAACGCAACAUGAUAAGGACCAGCUCGUCCUGAACAUUGAGGCCUUGAGGGCUGACCUAGACCAGAUGAGGCUGAGAGGUGCUUCACUUCAUCAUGGCCGCCCCCACUUGGGCAGUGUCCCAGACUUCAGGUUCCCUGUGGCAGACGGGCACAUGGAUGCCUACAGUACCAGCGCGGUGUUGCGGCGCCCCCAGAAAGGCCGGCUGGCAGCGCUGCGGGACGAACCUUCCAAGGUACAGACUCUCAAUGAACAGGAUUGGGAGCGUGCUCAGCAAGCCAGCGUCUUGGCAAACGUGGCACAAGCAUUCGAGAGUGACGUUGACGUGUCUGACGGGGAAGAUGACAGGGACACUCUGCUCAGCUCAGUCGACCUGUUAUCGCCCAGCGGGCAGGCUGACGCACAGACGCUGGCCAUGAUGCUCCAGGAGCAACUGGAUGCCAUCAACAAGGAGAUCAGGUUAAUACAGGAAGAAAAGGAAAACACAGAGCAGCGGGCAGAGGAGAUCGAGAGUCGAGUUGGCAGUGGAAGCUUGGACAAUCUUGGUCGUUUUAGAUCAAUGAGCUCCAUUCCCCCCUAUCCUGCUUCCUCGCUCGCUGGCUCCUCCCCCCCAGGCAGCGGGCGUUCCACCCCAAGGAGAGUCCCUCACAGCCCAGCUCGGGAGGUGGACAGGCUGGGCGUCAUGACGCUGCCUAGCGACUUAAGGAAGCAUCGUAGAAAGUUACCAGCUUCCAGGGAAGAGGUACGAGAUGACAAGGCAACUAUCAAAUGUGAAACCUCCCCUCCCUCCUCCCCACGGUCCUUGCGAUUGGACAGGCUGCACCGAGGGGCCUUGCAUGCAGCCAGCCAGGAGGACAUCAGGGACAUACGAAACUCUACAGGCUCCCAGGAUGGCCCCGUGAGCAAUCCCAGCAGCAGCAACAGUAGCCAGGACUCGCUUCACAAAGCCCCAAAGAAGAAGGGCAUCAAGUCGUCUAUUGGCCGCUUGUUUGGCAAGAAGGAAAAGGGUCGACCUGGACAGACUGGCAAGGAACCCUCGGGACCAGCUGGUGUUUCAGAGACAGAAAUCUCAUCUCAAGAUGCACUGGGACUUAGCAAAUUGGGAGGACAGGCUGAAAAAAAUCGCAAACUUCAGAAAAAGCACGAGUUGCUGGAGGAGGCGCGGCGGCAAGGCUUGCCAUUCGCACAGUGGGACGGGCCAACGGUGGUGGUGUGGCUGGAGCUCUGGGUUGGGAUGCCUGCCUGGUACGUGGCCGCCUGCCGGGCAAAUGUGAAAAGCGGGGCAAUCAUGUCAGCCCUGUCCGACACAGAGAUCCAGCGGGAGAUCGGCAUCAGCAACCCUCUGCACAGGCUGAAGCUUCGGCUGGCCAUCCAGGAGAUCAUGUCACUGACCAGCCCGUCCGCCCCACCCACAUCAAGAACGACCACAGGAAAUGUCUGGUUGACACACGAGGAGAUGGAAACCCUCGCUGCCACGCCACACACGGAGGACGAGGAGGGAAGCUGGGCUCAGACGCUUGCUUACGGGGACAUGAACCACGAGUGGAUCGGCAAUGAGUGGCUGCCCAGCCUGGGCCUCCCGCAGUACCGCAGCUAUUUCAUGGAGUGCCUGGUGGACGCCAGGAUGCUGGACCACCUGACCAAGAAGGACCUGCGGGGGCAGCUGAAGAUGGUAGACAGCUUUCACAGAAACAGCUUCCAGUGUGGAAUCAUGUGCCUGCGAAGGCUGAAUUAUGACCGGAAAGAACUGGAAAGGAAGAGAGAAGAGAGUCAGAAUGAAAUAAAAGACGUGCUUGUUUGGAGCAACGAUCGAGUGAUUCGCUGGAUCUUGUCGAUUGGUCUUAAAGAAUAUGCAAACAAUCUCCUAGAGAGUGGCGUCCACGGGGCUCUGCUUGCUCUGGACGAGACCUUCGAUUUCAACGCGCUGGCACUGUUAUUGCAGAUCCCGACCCAGAACCCCCAGGCUCGAGCUGUCUUGGAAAGAGAGUUUAACAACCUUUUGGUCAUGGGGACUGACAGGAGGUUUGAUGAGGAUGAUGAUAAAAGCUUCAGGAGAGCACCUUCAUGGAGGAAGAAGUUCAGACCAAAGGACAUUCGUGGCUUGGCUGCUGGGUCAGCAGAGACGCUCCCCGCCAACUUCCGGGUUACUUCUUCCAUGUCCUCCCCCUCUAUGCAGCCAAAGAAGAUGCAGCUGGACGUGUACCCUCACUACUUCUACCGAUGACUGCAGCCUUCCGAGGCCCGCGGACUGCGUUAGAGUCCAGUGGAUCUUUAGCCGGUUCAUACUUGUUAUGUGGACCCUGAGAUAUUUUAUUACAGAGUUUUUAACUAAUGAAAACUUCAUGAAUACCAUAGAGAAAAUAUUUUAGAAUUUACUGUUUCUUAUAUUUAUGUACCUCUGCCCCUCCUCUGUGUAGUCACUGCUUCCUCGUGCGUGUCCAGGCGUGUCCUUCCAGGUCAGCUCGUGUCUUGUCCUGUUGGCAGUCCUUCACAUGAAUGUACUGUGAUGCUUGUAUGUGUGAAUCCUGCAGACAAGCACAGGGCUUCGUAAAUCAUGCACUUACUGUGAUCGUACUGCUGGUUUUUAAUGGUGACCGUGACAGGGAAGAGGACUUGACCGCGCCUAUGAAGUCACCAUCCCUGCAGCUCACGGCAGUCAUUCUGAAAUAGCAGACUCAAUCUUGAGUGAUCAUUGUUGGAUUUUAAUAACCGACCUUAACUCUACUUUUUCUAGCAAGAAAUCUCAGCUUCUGAUGAACUUGGGGCUGAACGGUUGAGAACACUGUGGAAGUCCCUUGCCCUGGCUCCGCUUUUCCCAGCCCAGUCUCUGGACAUGAGGGCUUGUCCAGACACUGAGUGCAGCUGGAAGCCAUGGGGAACGGCUCAGCAGGGUCUGGGGCCUGGGGUGCAGCCUGCAGACCUGGAUGUGCCUCUGUCCAGGCAGCAGGUGGGGGCAUCCCCAGCUGCUCUUGAGGACCAAUCCAGCACUGCCGCUCGCUGGCUCCCGGAAGAGGACUCGGGCGAGGGCAGGGCUCCUGAAACCGCGUGCAACUCUAACAAAGGCCUUAUUUUUCUUGUGUAAAUCAUCUUUUUACAUUUGUUUGUACACAUGUUUAAAGAAGGAACCUCGUGGUGCAUUUUUAGACUUCGAUGGUGUAACCAUUUUGCAUUGUCCGAGUAGCAGAUGUAACUUACUUUUUAAAUGGCACAUUAAAAAGCCAGCAAGGAAAGUCAGAUCAUGGUCUUAUUUAUUAUGCAGCUGAUGUGCAGAUGGAAGCCGCGCUGUCUCUUCACAUUUGGCUUCUACUUUUAAUUCGCUUGUACAAUUCAUUGUUACUGUUCUGUUUUUCUAUUAAUCUUUUGUGAACCUCCUGAUUAUGUAACAAAGUAUGUACAGUCUACUUUUGAACUAUUUUUAUCACAGUAUUAUUUAUUGCUUUCUUUCAAUAAAGUACUGAAGCCUUUUCCACUGCCA